AUGCAUUUGUUGCCUCUGAUCCUAGUAGCAACAAUCUUGCUGCCGAACUCUUUCUGCUUGCUUGGAUUCGGCAAAAAGCAAUCGGUGGCCGUAAAAGGUACUCUUCAAUGCAACGGAGAGGCAGAGUCAGAUGUGAGGGUGGCACUAUACGAUAAAGAUAUGCUCAAGAAUAGAAAACUAGGCGAGGUAAAAACGGAUAAAUCUGGAGAAUUCAAUUUAUCUGGAAGCAAAACAGAAAUCUCUAAAAUCGACCCUAAAGUGAAUAUUUACCAUAGAUGUGACCACACAGGGCCUUGCUACAGAAAGUUUUCAUUCACAAUUCCGGAUAAAUUCAUAACUCGUGGCAGCACACCGAAGCGCACCUUCGAUCUCGGUACAAUCAAUCUUGCCGCUAAAUUCGCGGGAGAAUCAUUGGACUGCAUAAAGUGA